AUGUCAUCUGAUUACCGCUGUCCCUUCGACGAUUUGUUGAUUUUGGAUUUCGAAGCGACGUGUGAGAAGGAUAACUAUGACUACCCUCCGGAAAUCAUUCAGUUCAGCGUCGCUGUGCUGAAUACAAGAGAAAAAAUUAUCAGAGAGGAUGUGUCAUUCAACAAGUACGUGAGACCGGUUAUCAAUCCACAACUCACUGAUUUUUGCGCUGAACUCACAGGUAUCAAUCAAGAUACCAUCGACAAGGCGGACACAUUCCCAGAGGUCUACGACCAGUUCACUGCAUGGCUCAAUAAGCACAACAUCCAAGAGAAGCGUUUUGCUUUCGUUUGCGAUAGUCGCCAGGACAUGUGGCGGUUCGCCCAAUAUCAAUUCCUACUGAACAAACAGCCACUUCCAACUAUUUUUCGUCAAUGGGUGAAUCUUGGCCAUCUCUAUGAACAAGACUUUCGUAAGGCACAACAACAGGACAUUUGGGGCCCGAGUUUCAUCGAAAAGAUGUCUGGUUUCUACAACAUCCCUUUCAAUGGACACAAUCACAACGCCAUGGACGAGUGCGCUUUCCUAGCUAAAGUCACCAAGCGUGUUCUCGACGAUGGAAAUUUGGUUAAUAUCAACGAGUCGUUGAAGUGCAUCUCUGGCCCGCGCAAUGUGCCAUUCAACAUCGAUCCAAAAUGGAAGGCCAGUUUUGUUUCGUCGUGUAAAGUCUUCGAAGCCAUGCUCCCACUUGUUGCGACCCGUACCAAGAGAUACUAUAUCGUGGAUAACUACGGAAAGUGCCUCUACUGCUUCAACGCCGAUUGCACCGGAACGGACCACAAGCAGUAUCCAGGAUAUUUGUACGAGCAGCUCAAGGAGCCCAGCGUCUUCGCCAUCACUGCAGGACUUAUGAAAGAGUAG